CUGAGUUGAUUGGAACAAGAGAGAACUGUCAACUACAACCACGAUGAAUCCCAAAACUCGAUCCAAGUUUAUUCAUUUAGUACUGGUAGUCUUCACUGCAAUGGUAUGUCUAGCGGACGGGCAUGCACGUCUUCGCGAUCCACCAUCUCGAUCUAGCGCAUGGCGAGAAAACUUCAAAACACCUCCAGACUAUAACGAUACGGAAGGAUUCUGUGGUGGUUUUGAAAGGCAAUGGAUGGUGAACGGGGGGAAAUGCGGCAUUUGCGGAGAUGCGUUUGAUGAAGCGGUAAAGCCACACGAAGCUCCCGGUGGAAUUUUCGCAACGGGGACUAUUGUUCGCAGAUAUACACAGGGACAAACUAUUCCCGUCAAGAUCGAGAUUACAGCAAAGCACAAGGGUUUCUACGAAUUCAAAUUGUGUCCUAACAACAACGUCCUUCGAGAUCCUACUCAAGCAUGUUUUGACAGAUUCCCACUAUCUUUUAUCAGUGUCGAAGGCAUAAUCAGCAAAAGGAUUUUUGUCGAUUCGGUGCCUCAGGGCACGUACGCCGCUGAAAUCAUAUUACCACCCAAAGUCACGUGCAGCCAGUGCAUCAUCCAAUGGACUUACGUGACGGGCAACCGAUGGGGCAGAUGUCCUAAUGGAACAGACGGACUGGGAUGCGGACCUCAGGAGACCUUUCGCGCUUGUUCGGAUGUAGCGGUUGUUUCUACUGACGAAAUUCUUCCCACCACAACACAACCUCUUCUCGAAGGAUCGACCACUUUCCAGUCAGUUUCGACAACACUUCCGCCAACCGACGUUACCCCAUGCAAAAAUUACGUUCCAGCUCCAAAUCAGAAAGAGACACCCGGAAUGGCGGAUUGGUGUAAGAAAAACUGCUCCGGCAAUAAUUGCCCACCAGACUUCUGCGUGUGUUCUGAAAGCGACCAAUAG